UUGUGUUUGGCAAUGCCAUACUACAGUUUUGGCAUUUUGGUGCAAACACAACUUUUAACGAAUUUUAUCGCACAUUUAUUUUGCAUAUUUUCUGAAGAUAAUCUAGCUGUUUCUUAAGCAACUGUUUUCAAAAUAAUCGUGUAUAUCUUUUCCAUUGCGAAGAGAAAAUAGCUUGAACAGUUUUUUUUUUAUAAAAAUUGUAUUUAAAGAGUCAGUAAAAAACCAUAUAAACGGUGAGAAAGAAUUUUAGAAAAGGAUUCGCACGCAUUAAAAAUUUGAAUAUCUAUAUAUGUAUGUUUACAUAUAUAGGAAGAUCUAUAUACAAUCUGAUUAAAGAUAAAUAAGCUUAGCGUAGCCUUUUUGGCAGCUACAAUUAAAAUGGAGUCGCCACCGAUGUUCAACAGUGUUGAGGACGAAUGCCGAUAUUGGAAGGAACGUGCUAAACUUUAUCAUAAAGAGUGGACAGAUGUGAAGCAAGAAUAUGAUGAGUAUGUGGAACAGUCCCGACAAAUGGAGGCUGAAAUGGAUGCUACACUUGAUCAAAAACAGAGUAUAAUAAAAGAUCUCAGAAUGACACUUUCUUCUCUAGAGAAAGAAAAUGAAUCUUUAAAGCUCAAACUACAAUCUCAUGGCAUAGAAUUGGCCAAUACAGAGCGACAAAUGGAAAAUUUAAAAACUGAGCGAGACUCCUUAAAAGUGUACCUGCGACAACUGGAACAGAAAAACGAUGACCUGGAAAGGGCACAUCGCAUACUCAACGAAAGCAUUGCCGACUUUGAGCGGAUGUUAGAUAAAGCUUAUGAAAAGAAUGCUCUUCUCGAAAUGGAAGUAGAUGAGAAAGAGAUGCUACAAGAGAAGCUACAGAGACUCAUGGAUGAAACAAGAGACUUAAAACAAGAACUGAAUGUAAAAACUCGUAACCCUUUAAAUGGUUCAGUCAGUAAUAUAUCUGAAACGACAACACUGUCAGCACACACAGCUGUAUUAAAUGGUACUGUAAACAACAGUGAAACUAUACAGGAGGCCAACAGCCAGCAUAAUAACUCCACUAUCAAUAGUAUCCACAAUACCAGCCUUACAAACAAUUUGAGCAACAGCCCGACAGUUAUCCCGAAUUAUGGCGGCGAACAACAACAUCACUCAUUGAAAAAAAAACCUUUUUCAGAUUCAACUAACUUACUCAAUGGCAACGCUAUGACGCCUAGUUCUCGGACAUCUGCACUUAACAUUGUUGCGGAUAUGCUCCGGAAAUUGAAUUUGGAUAAAGCACUUUUAUGCCCUAGGUGUCAAAGAUUUCGUUGUAUCUGUGAUCGUGCUGCCGACUAUACAAGCAGCUGUGCCUCUUCACCUAUGAUCGAUAAUAAUGUAGGCUGUCGCCUUGAACUACGUGUUACGAAUACGUAUGGAAGUACAAAUUCCGUGGACACAAACGCUACGGUGAUCUCCAAUUCUGCCUCUGCCUCCACCAACAUCUCUUCCACCGAUUAUGAAGCAGAUGUUUCUGAAGCUUCCCUACGGCGUACGAAAAGUCGUAGUAAUUCGAGUCUAAAUUUUCGUACAAAUAUUUUUAAACGUUUCGCAGACCGCAUGAGUGGCGGUAAUAGCAAUUUCCACAACUCAACAAAAACACCGCUACGUACAGCAAAAAGAAAUAGUGUGAAUUCGAACGAAACAAAAUAAAAUCAUUUCAUUCGGUUUAAGUGUUUAAUUUUUUCGUUUUACUAUAUGUAAUAAUUUUUCUGUUUAGAUUUUAGUAUUCGAAAUGCAUUUAGUACAUACAUUUUUACAGCAAUAAAUGUUUUAUAUUUAACUUUUUGUAAUAUA